AUGCUUCCAUCAAAAACAUUGGCAUCUCGACAGGAAAAAUCAGCUCCUGGGCACAAAAGAAGUAAGGAAAGAUUAACCAUAAUGACAUGUUCCAAUGCAUCUGAUAAUCACAAAAUUCCACUUAUGGUGAUUGGCAAGUCUGCACAUCCAAGAGCGUUAAAAGUCAUCUCACCCAAAGCCCUACCAGUUUAUUACAAAAGUCAGAAGAGUGCAUGGAUGGAUGCGACGUUAUUUACUAACUGGUUUAAAGAAGAGUUCGUGCCAUCUGUGACUAAAUUUUUGAAGAGAACCAGCCUCCCUAUUAAAGCAAUUUUGUUGGGGGGGACAAUGCCCCCUCUCACCCUGGAGGACUCCACGUGGGCGAAAUUCCAAGCUUGGGAUUCUGUACGCGGUUCCACUAUUCAAAAAUCUUGGUCGAAAGUUAUUGAUAUUGAGGACUAUAAUGACAGUGAAGAUGAUAUUCCAUUAAAUGAAUUGGCUUUGAAAUGGAAAAGCCGCGGAGAAAUGUCCUGUACAAAUUUAAACGAGAGAGGAGAAGAAGAAAGUUUAUUAGAAUUAAUGCAAAACUUGAAAGGUUGCAAAAAUGUGACAAGACAAGACGUUGAUGAAUGGGUUACAGCAGAUGAUUUAGAAGAAGAAAUGAACAUUGAAGAAAUAGCGAAUGCGUUUCUCAGCGAACGUCUUUCUUCGAAAAAUCAGAUGACGAUAACUAUGACGAAGAGGUGGAUGAACAGCCUUAAGCCACUAAGAUUACCCAUCAAGGUUUUGCUUCUCUGGAAACAGCUCUGA